CAUCUAUCAUAAAUAAACUUUCCACUAUAUUGAUUGGAAUUCAGAUUGGACUCAACUAAAAUACUAAAAUAAAAAUUUAAUUUACUGCUAAUAAGUUAUAAGUGCUUCGAAAUUACCUGUACAACUAAAUUAUUAUCCGAAAGAAUGUCGAAGAAAAAUAUUGCAGAGCAAGAAUCCAAAAUCAAAGAAUCUUUAUUUGAAUUUCUGAAAACUCACAUAACUGAGGCUAAUAUCAAUUUGAUUGACGAAAUUGUUCUAUCAUACGUUAUUGCAGUCUUGGAGGAUGUUGGAACAGAACCUGUUUUUGAUAUUGAAGGUUUUUGUGAAAUGAUGAGUGCUUAUUUCCCUGACUUUGAGUCAAUCAACCAUGCUACUGUAUAUCAAUGGAUGUUUGAAUUAGCAUCUAAACUGCAGCAGUCUGAUUCAGAAGAGGAGAGAAAUAUCAAUGUUGAUAUUUCGUUACCUGAGAUUUUACCAAAAAAUAAAUCCAGGACCCUCAGUAUUACUGAAGAAGAAGUUCCAAAAAGGGCUCAUAAGCUGUCAGAAGUUAGCGAUGGUGGAUCCACAGAUAGUUCAUGCUGUGAUUUUACUGAUGAAAUGGAUGUUUUACAAGAGAUGUUUCCUACAGUUUGUGCCAUUGAGGUUAAACACUGCCUUACCAUAGCAGCCGGCGAUAUUGAGCGUGCCACUCAAAUUCUGAUCGAUCGUCAGGAAAACGGUCAAUGCCUCAGCCCGAAUAGCUCGUUGACUAUUCAGGUCACCAAGAAAACAAUUGAUGAUUCUGAACUGAAGAACCGCAUUAUCGAGCGAUAUUCGUACAUCGACAAGGAUGCCUUCAACAAGGAACAUCGGCCUGUCGCACCUAAGGUGGAGCCAAAGAAGCUCGUUCGGUACAGGGAUAACAAGAUCGUGAGCCUUAAGGGAGAGCGUUUCACCGAGGUGAAGAAAGGCGAGGACGUGGACGACAUUUCCUUAAAGAAAAACAAAAAGGGCAUACUCCGUAACCCAAAUGGCCUACGACGAAGGCAAGCCACCGUUCGUUUGAGUUCACAUACGUUUCCGAUCGCCACAGCAUAGUAUUUUUCUGUUGCUCUUAUUUAUUUUCCUCGAAUCUUCUUCCGCUCGCAAAAGUAUGGCUGUUGUUUUUAGAGUUUCUCUCGGUUGCGUGCAGCGGGUUUCCGUUUGAGUAUUAUUUUUUAUCAAGCGUAACAUGUUUCAUCCUCAUUAGGGGAUUAUGUGUAUUAGGUAGUUACUCAUCGGAACAUGUAGCCAUAUUAGAGAUAUAUGCAAUUCGCACUGGUUUCAACUAGCUAUAAGGAGCAAGUGUUAGGUUGGAUAAGCGACAUUCAAUGACUUUUUGUGACUUUCGGGGAGAUACUGCAUCAGUUAAUGUCUCUGUACAUGGGCCAAGAAAUAGGAAGGUUUCGUAUAAGGAAAUCUUACAAUUUCGGCGUCAUGAUUUUUUUGUAUUAAAUGGAAUUGGAAUUAAAUUCUCCGCCAUAUUGCUCUCAUACAAAUUUAUGAGGUAGACUGUUUAUGCCUAUACGUGAGACAGAGGAUAAUAAUGUAUAUUUGAAUUUUAAGUGGGAACAGAUAUUUUGGAAAAUCGCGAACUACUGAAAACUCAUGACUUGUUUAAGCUAUGAUGGUAAAGUUUAAGUGUAAUGCUUAAAGAAUCUCAAUGUAUUUAGAAUCUCUAAGGUUUUUCCAAGAUGCAACAAUUUGUACUACUGAUUAUUUCAUACAACAACCUGAAAAUCCACCUAAAUACUAAAGUUGGCUUCAACUCAACUUUAACUCCAAAGCCUUGUUUCUGCCCUCUAUAUUCACAUAACAUGUAAAUGCUGGUCUUUUACUGAGAUGGCAUUGUAGGAGCAUAUUCUCGAUGCCGUAUUUAAUUUCAGUUUUAGUGAAGUUAAAACACAUUUCUGAUGAACAAAGGCAGCACAAAGUACCGUCUAUUACCUGAGUCGACCACUGCGAAAGUGACAACAGCAAGACAUCUGUUGGAAUUGUAUGCCAGUUCGCAGUCAGCCGGGUCAUCAUUCUGGCCAGCAGAUUUAUGCCUCCGCAGUUCUUCAUACAGCUUCUUUAAUUUCGGAAUACAAUUUUUCUCUUCUUGGUUGGCAUCCUAGUCUUUUCACAAAACA